AUGAAGAAAUCAAUUGCUUGCGGCGCAUGUCGAACCUCAAAGAGAAGAUGCAUCCAUUCUGGUGGACCGCCAUGCAUCCGCUGCAAGGAGAGAGGUGAUGAAUGCAUCUUCCCUCCCAAGGGCACUUCCUUCAUCUUUAGGCGCUCACGACUUGAGCGCCAGGCACGUGCAGCGUCUAGUGCUUUACCGACGGAUGCCAACAUCACAGCUUCGCUUUUAUCAGCCUCCACAGGGCCUCAGGGUGGUAUUGCGGAAGACCUCGACGAGCCCAAGGUUGAUUUGUGGGCGACGGACCCUUUAGACUACGUGACAGAUGAGGUGAAGGAGAGCUAUCUAAGAUGCUCUUACAAGUGGUCCUUUCAUCAUAUGCCUACCUUCUUCGCAUCGAUCCGGAAUAAGACUCUGGAUCGAUCUGUUGCGUGGGCGAUGCUAGCCAUCACAGUCCGUUUUUCCCAGAGACCUCCAGAUGGGUUCUCCAGCCAAAUUCAGACGAGUAACUGCUUCGCCGCGCAUACCAGAUCUCUCAUCCUUCCAUCAAUAGAUGAGCCGAGCUUGCAGCGGAUACAAGUCCUUCUCAUGCUCACGGGCCACUCAUGGGGAUCGGGCGAAGGUAGACGCGCAUGGGUUUACCUUGGAAUGGCUGUGCGAAUGGCUCAAAUCAUGGGCUUGUUCGAAGAUCCUCCAAUCACGACACUGGCCAAAGAAGAAUUUAUCCAUGGGGAAGAACGACGGCGAACCGCAUGGACGUGUUUUCUAAUGGAUAGUCUUUUGAGCGGCGGCAAAGGCCGUGAGCGGCUGCUAUCUGCGGAUAGCAUGCAUAUCCAGUUGCCUUGUGAUACGGGCAACUUCAUCUUCGGCGAGCCGGUCAUCUGUCCCUUCAUAGAAGGCUUUCGAUCCGAUGGCAAUCCUAUGAUCCCUCGAGGCAACUUGGGAAUCAUUGCAUACAGCAUGAGAGUUGCAGAUGUCUGGGGUGCUGUUGCAAAGUGGUCCUGUUCUUCACACCCAAACAACACGCCACCUUGGCAGCCAGAGUCUGAACUCCAGCGUUUAUUACUGCGCUUAAAUGCCUGGAGAGAAUCGCUGCCUCCUCGCCUGCGAUAUGAUCUGUCGCUGCUACACGCCCAUAGUGUCCAGAAUCAAGGACAGGCGUUCUGCUACAUGCACUGCAUCUAUUUCAUGUCUGUCAUAUUUCUUUACCGGUCCUAUCUGCCCGAAUUGGAGAUGCAUGAAGAGGCAGAACAUGAGAACGGCGAUAGGAAGCAAUGGACUGAAUACUCUUGCAGGGAACUUGCAAAAGUUGCGGACCAGGUGUGUGAAAUGCUUCAGGAUAUCCGUGGAUUCGGCCUGUUCUUUCUACGAGGCCUGGUUCCAUGGAUAGGCUUCACUAUUUACACAGCAGUUGGAACGUUGCUUUAUUUUUGGCAUUUCCCUCACGUUAGCGAAGGCGAUCCACAGAUUGAAAGCUGGAGACAGCGCAUCAUUGACGGAUGUGUUUUUCUCAAAGAUAUGAGGCAAGCCUGGCCAAUGGCUGAUACCUGGCGCGAAACCAUCAAGGCAAUGCAUAUAUUCUAUAGCAAUGUCAAGUCCAAGGGCAACCAGGCCAUGAGCCCAAGUGCGCGUCGAGAGAUGCGGAACGCCAUCAUCGACUAUGGUGCAUUACAACCAUCUCCUGUCCAGCCCGCGGAUAGUGGGAGCGAAGAAGAAACUCUGGUGAGGCUUCUCUACCCAUGCAUUUCCACUCACAGACAUGACUUAUAA